AUGAACAUCAAAGGGACAGCGAGACGGAGGGGCUACGGUGGCCUGCGGAAUCGCGGUGCUGGUCCCCGGCGGACGCGCGUCCGGCAACGUUGCACGUGUUUAGAGAGAGCGCGCGCGGUGCGGCUACUGUUGGAAGUGCUGGGCGGGCCGAAGCGCGGGGAGCGGCGGCGGCGGCGGCUUCACGCGCACUGGGUGCUGCGCCAGCGUGUGCCGGCGCAGGUACAGCGGCGUCUUGAAGCUGCGCCCGCAUGUGGCGCACACCACCGGCUGCGCCUCGUGGAUCAGGCGCACGUGCUGGCGCAGGUUGGACGCGUUGCUGUAACGCCGACCGCACUGCGCGCACCGCACGCCGCCCGCGCAGCCCGCGCCGCCCGCUGCCAACAACACCAGUUCGCACUGCGGCACGCGCCCCCGACGACCCUCCCCCCGCCCCACCCCGCCUCCAAUGCUAAUAGGACCGGCCAGCACGAAACAGCCGCCGCGCCAGAGCACUUCGUCGUCAAUGGGCUACUUCAAAUGCCCUCCAGAGUCAUUGCACUUCCGAAGCGG